AAAGAGCAAAGAUGCUGGGCGCCCUGGACACGUACGAGUUCGAGUCGCAGAGGAACACCAAGGAGAAGGACCGACUUCGAGACGAACUGCAGCAGACCAAGUUAGAAAAGGACAGGAUCACGAAAGAAAAGGACAAGUACGUGUUUGAGGACUACAAGGGUCGGGAGCGGACAGCCAAGCUGCGGGAGGAACUGCACAGCAUCAAACAGGAGAAACAGAUGCUGGACAGGACAGUGCGCAUGCUCAAGGAACGCACCGAGAAGUACGAGGAGCGCAUGCGCAGACAGGACAAGCACAUCCAUGACCUGAGCAGCCACAUCCGGACCCUGACGCACGAGACGGAGAAGAAAACCAGGCUCAUGGAGUCGGAGAAGGAGGAGCUUCAGAAGGAGCGGAAGAAGCUGGAGAAGUCUCACACCAAGUCUGAGGAGAAGCUGAAGAGGAAGAUCCAGGAGCUGUCGGCCACGAUAGACAAGAAGGACCGAGAGAUCAGCAUCCUGGUGAAGAAGCUCAACACGCAGGCCAAGCAGAUAGAGAUCACGCAGAUACAGCUGCACCAGAAGAAAACGGGCAAGGCAGCGGCGGCAGCAGAAAGCUGAUGAAGGGGGCGGUGCGUUUACUUGAACCCCAAUGGUCUCGGACAUUUUCUACUUUUAGAAUCCGAAUCGUGUUCGACCUUUAUAACCCGAAUCGUGUUCGAUCUUUUUAAUCCAAAUCGAUUUCGAUCUAUAGAAUCCUAA